AUGUUCAAGAAGUUUUCAUCCCUAAACCCACCUUCUUACGAUGGCAAGCCCGACCCUGUAGAAUUCGAGGAUUGGAUUAAUCGCAUAGAUCAGUUGUUUGAAACCUUGCAAUGUCCUAAGGAAUGGAGAGUCGAUUUCGCUGUGUUGUACUUAAAGGGUCAAGCAAGUUUAUGGUGGAAAGUUAAUAAGGAAAGGAAGAAUGAACCUAGAUUUGGUUGGACCGAACUACAAAAGUUACUAAGAGAUAAGUUUUAUCCACCAUCCCUGAGGAAACAAAAGGAAGACGAGUUUUUGCACUUGCAACGAGGAACAAUGAGUGUUAUGGAAUAUGCAAACAAGUUCAUGGAAUUGUCAAGAUUUGCACCGGAGCUGGUAUCGACAGAGCAAUCCAGGAUGAACCGUUUUGAGCGAGAUCUUCACUUGAAGUACCAAGAUAGGUUGGCAACUCAAAGGUUUAAUUCCUAUCAAGAUAUGGUUGAUAUUGCAGUUAAUGUUGAACUACUUGUAUUACUUCGAGAAGCGCAAAAUGUUGGUGAUAAAAGGAAGAAUGAUAAUCAAAACCAUGGAGGAGCCAAAAGGCCAAACCAAGGAAACCAUAAUUAUAGAAAGAACGAUAGUAGAGACCAAGGUUAUAAUGAAAGAGCAGCUCGUAAUGUAUGGUGUGCUAAGUGUGGAAAGAGAAACCAUACCGAAAGUGAAUGUCGUGCAGGAAAAAAGACGUGUUAUCGAUGUGGAGGAAAAGACCAUUUUGUCAGGGACUGCCCUAAACCACCUCCCACGUAUACGGGAAGAGCAACCUCGGCCAAUCAUGAACGAAACAACAACAAUGAUAGGGUUAAUCAUAAUCCACCACGACCACUAAUAUCUGGAAAGGCUUACAUGAUGAGAGCUGACAAGGAAGAAGAAGAUAACGCCAACGCUGAUACCAUUCCAAUUUAG